CCCUCCCCGCGGCGCCGGGCGCUCGCCGCCCCCCGGCCGGACCCGGAGCCGCCGCUCGGGGCCGGGGGUGCCGCGGCUCGCCGCCGGCAUGCUGCUAAGAUGGCGGUAGCGGCGGGCGGCCGGGCGCGGCGCAGCGGCUGGCUGGAAGUUUUGGUGCGGGAGCGCUGGCACAAAGUGCUCGCCGACUUGGGCGCCGAGGCGCUGGUGCUGAGCGGCGAGGAGCGCCCCGACGGGCCGGGCGGCGAUGGGGCGGCGGGCCGGGGCGCCGAGGCGGCGGCGCGCACCGCCUUCACCGACCCCCCCGAGCAGGUGCCCGAGGCCGUGUCCAACAAGAAGCGGUGCGUGAAGGUGCUGAAGCAGGAGCAGGGCGGGCUGGGCAUCAGCAUCAAGGGGGGCAAAGAGAACAAGAUGCCCAUCCUCAUCAGUAAGAUCUUCAAGGGGCUGGCGGCGGACCAGACCCAGGCGCUCUACGUGGGCGAUGCCAUCCUGGCCGUCAACGGCACCGACCUGCGGGACGCGACCCACGACGAGGCGGUGCAGGCGCUCAAGCGCGCCGGGAAGGAGGUGCUGCUGGAAGUGAAAUACAUGAGAGAAGCAACUCCCUAUGUGAAGAAAGGCUCUCCUGUUUCAGAAAUUGGGUGGGAGACACCUCCCCCUGAAUCUCCUCGCUUGGGUUGCACCUCUGCUGACCCCCUCUCGCAGCUUUCACUCUCCAUCCACAGAGACAAGAAGACAAUACCGCUCAAGAUGUGCUACGUGACGCGCAACAUGACAGUGUCAGACCCUGAAAACAGACUUAUUGAAGUUCAUUCACCUGAUGCCAAGCACACCGUGGUGCUCAGGAGUAAGGAUUCAGCUACAGCCCAAGCCUGGUUCAAUGCCAUCCACUCCAGUGUCAAUGAACUCAUCCCCAGGGUGAUUGCAGAGGUCAGAGACCAGCUGGGUAAAACAGGGAUUGCUGGAAGUCGAGAGAUUAGGCAUCUAGGCUGGCUUGCAGAAAAGGUGCCAGGAGACAACGAGAAACACUGGAAGCCAGUGUUAGUGGUCUUGACAGAGAAAGACCUCUUAAUAUACGAGAGCAUGCCGCGAAUGAAGGAAGCGUGGUUCAGUCCUCUGCAUACCUACCCCCUGCUAGCCACCAGGUUGGUCCAUUCUGGCCCAGGAAAGGGCUCACCCCAGUUGGGCCUGGAUUUGUCUUUCGCAACCCGUACUGGUACAAGGCAAGGGAUUGAAACCCAUCUGUUCAGGACAGAGACUAGCAGAGACCUCUCACUGUGGACGAGGAGCAUCGUGCAGGGCUGCCACAAUUCUGCGGAGCUCAUCACAGAAAUCACCACAUCUUGCACAUAUAAAAACCAGGAGUGCCGUUUGACCAUCCAUUAUGAACAUGGAUUCUCUCUUACAACUGAACUGCAAGAUGGUGCCUUCUCUAAGACAAUUGCACAAUAUCCCUAUGAAAAACUGAAAAUGUCCUCAGAUGAUGGGAUAAGGAUGCUUUAUUUAGACUUUGGAGGAAAGGAUGGAGAAAUACAACUGGACCUUCAUUCCUGUCCAAAGCCAAUUGUGUUCAUCAUUCAUUCCUUCCUGUCGGCCAAGAUUACAAGGCUUGGCUUGGUGGCAUAAGUGGGAUACAUCUGUUUCUGCAAAGAAUGACAGAGCAACCAUGCUAAUUUGAAGUACAGUCAACAGCAGCAACCCAUACCAGCUAGCAGAGUACACCAGCUUGGGAUCAGUACUGAGCCUUGGUCCUUUCUGCAGUCUUCCAAGGCCCAGGUUUCAUUUGGAUCAGCUAAAGAAGUGGCAUGACAAGGAAAAUGGUGGAUUUCAUUGUAAAUAAUGGGAUUUUAAAAUCCCAUAUCAGACAGUAAAAGUGUGUAGUACCAUACAUGUAAAUGUUCCAGAAUCAUAAAUUGUGCCUAUUUCAAUGUACUUGUUUAUACAGACUAAGUAAAGGGCUAAGCAGACGAGAGUGGGUCUUGGUUGUGAUGCAAGCUCAAGGUUUGAGUAGUUCUCCAAACAGGAUUUUCCCACCACCCAAAAGUGAAACAUUUUCUUCCAUGUUAACCUGCGCACCACUUACGGAGGAUUUUUCUUUCAAGGUGCCAUCAGAACCUGUUGCUUGAAUACGCAGCAAAGCACGCUAACAUGCACCUCUUAGUUAUAUGCUCUAAAGCAAUACAGCUGUGGUCAGUGAACCGCUGGAGGGUCCCUGCCAAGGGGCACUUUCAAGUUAAAUGAUGUGGACAUCUUGCGUACGUUCCCAGCAAUGGACCCAAAGCAAAAGUAGCUAUUACAGUGUAUGAGUGGCUGUGGGACAUACGUAGGAACGUCCUUUAUUAAGGAACACACAGUUGUAUUUUUAUAGUAGCUUCCCAGAAUGGCUUCAUGAGUUUCAGCUACUCGGGACCCCUAGCUCAGGUAAAAGUUACCUGAAUCCAUGUUGAAGCAUGACUUAAGUCUUGGCCAGCAUGUUUCUGCAGCAGAGUUUAACAGAAAGCCAUGCUCAGCUUCCUGCCCUCCUAGCCCUUCUGUUUCAGCCCGAGCUCUGCUGAGGCUGGUUGUAUUGCCUUGACAGAAGAACAGAUCGAGGAAUGAGGAAGUCUUGAUUUUUUAAGCCUUUUCUAGAUUAGAUCAGGAAAGUUAUUCAAGCAGUGCCACAACAGUGAGCAAAUGCACACAGGCAGGAACACGAGCUGCUCUGCUGUAAAAGUCUGACUAUGGAAGAAGCUGCUUCUACAAAGAUGACUUGGGCAAGUCCAGAUUUAUUCCUUGCUGGUGAAACGUAAGAUGGUCACCUCCAUACCCAUAACUUACUAGCUCCUGUUUUGCACUAUAGCUUACUUUUUUAAAUCAAAACUUUCAAAUCGCUGAGUUUUUGUCUUGCUCACGGGUUGAGCACAAAGCAGACAGCAAGCAGGAACACUAACCUUCAUAAUCAGAGGUGAUACAAACAGCUUGCACCUGGAACUCCUAAAUUGGCUUAAUAUGGUUGGGUGGGAACAGGAAGAAGCAGAACAAGGAUGGCAUCGAUGUUGCUCUUGUUUUGGCAACAGAGCUACUUGAUAUGGGGAUGGGAUUUCGUUCACUUUACAGUUUUGGCCUAAAUUCACACUUCGAAGGACAGGAACUGUACAGGAAGAAAUAAAUCUGAAGCUUGUGGAUGUUUGCUUGUCAUGCUACAACACUUCUUUUAUUCUUGAGAAAGCACACAAGUUUCAACUUAACGAGACUUGACUAGCAAAGAGGAAAAUUAAAAACAGUAUGGUUCCAUGUUGUUUACAAGCUCAGUCUCCAAAGCUGAGCAUAAGUCAUGCUGUUUAUUCACAGUAUAGGAAUUUGUUUGUAGUGGUUUCCAUAGGUUUCCAUCUUAAUCAUCAAAACUAAUUAAAAAAAUUAAGAUGAUAUGCUGAAUUUACAAAUACAGAAAACGAUGAUUGAAGAGCAACAGCUAAAUCGCCUUUUGGAAAAGCAGCCCCACUCCCAGCACCUCCUACCAGUCAACAGCAAACCUGGGAGGGGAUUCACCUUGCUGUGAACUUGGUUUUUACUGUCAUGGUACUUGCACUUAAAAAUUAAUUCCUUGUGUAAAUUUGCAAGGUAGGAGAUUGCAAGGUAAGUUACAUAACUUACCGGUAAUUUCCAAAUGGACGUUUCUCAUUUAGUGACCACUGCCGUCACAGAACUUUUGCUGGCAGUUAUUUGGGUCUCCUUUGGCUUGGAAGCUUCUAGAACGUCUUCUGAGAAACUGAGAGCAGUCGGUACGCUGGGGGAGUGAGUCUUUGAGUAGGAAAUCGCAUCGCAUCACCAAGUAAAAUGUCCUGUGAUGUUUCUAAAAAGUGAUCCAGGACACAUUUAUUGAUGUUCCAAAGUAUAACUUGAAAAUUCUGAUACAGGCUCCUAUGAAAAUUCCAGAGGUUAAAGUGAAAACUUGCAUACUGUGGGGUAGGUUUAAUACAUAAAUAAACUAUACUGAACUAUUUCCUUAUUCCUUUAACACUUACAAAUCACUGGAAUGUUAUACUUAAAAUGUUAUACUUGUGCAUUGUAAAUAUUACAAAUUCCUAUAUUAGUACCAACAAUUAAAUGACACAAUAUGUAACCUAAGGUGCUCAGUACUAUACGAAGUAUAAGUGAAUAACUAAAUGGUUUGCAAAGAAAAUUCGUAUUAUAUAUAUUUAUAGAAAAAAGUAAUGAUAAUUACAGAUGCUAUUUCUUCGUUUUCAGAUUUUGGACUGAUUCAUAUUUGGAUGGGAUAGACAAAUGAUAUAUGGACCUACUCCACAUUUAUAAGAGUAUAGUGAAUAUUUAUAUUUUAGAGGAAAAGAGUAUAUUUAAUAAAGUCAUUUAUUGGAUUUCUGUGAGGUGAGCUUACUUUGUACCCAAACAAGCCGUUUCAAAAGCUGUACUUCGGUUUUGGGCUGGGGAAACUCCAUUAUAACACUCAGUCAUUCUGUAAGAAGUCAAUUACUUAAGAGAACUAUUCAUCCUCUUGACAGAAUGACUUGUAAAAAUUUGUAAACAACAAAAAGAAGUAUUAGUGAUCAGUCAAUGGCUCAUCGGUGUUUUCUAUUAAAUAAGCUCAAUGUUCAUGUGACAGUGGUGCUUUUGAGGACAGGCUGGAAUCAUACUCAUGCAGCAUUCCUUUUGCUGCUGGCAUUUACUUAAAGACCACAGGGAUGUUCUGGGGAAAGUCAUUCAGGCUCACCUGCUCAAGUUACAAAUGCUUUCAGUGUUGCAUAUUUAACUGGGCAGUUAAGAGAAGUUAUAAAAAAUGAGAACAGAAACUUCUGCUCAAGCUUCUGCAUUCAAGGAGUGAGGCCAACAUGUGCCUUACUUAGUUUUUAUGAACAGUUAUGAAAAAAAGAUGUUUUCCUUCCCCUCUACCUAAAUUCCUAACUUCGUGGCCCAAACAGAAAAGCUAACUGUGAGAUUUUAAAUCCAUUCUUUCAAUCUUACCCAAGGUACAGCAGACCAGCUUCAUGGAAAGCCUUAUAUAGGAGUAUCCUAGAGUUUCAGUCUUUUCAUAAAAUACUGACUAUAAUUGAGCGAUCUGAUCAGAAAGUUUGUAUA